AGCUGUCUAACAAUAGACUGACCAGCCAUAGGGUGCUGCAGUCACAUGAGUAAGAAGGGUCGGACUAUGUAUCCUUGAUGCUCAACCUAUUUGUCAAGAAGCUGAAGUCUGUGGUUCGUCUCUGAGCUCCCCCCGUCUAGCUCACAGAGAUCAUCCAUAACAAAAUGUCUGAAACAGAGGAAGUCGUGGAGGAGGAAGCUCAGGAGGAAGAAGCCGAAGAGGAGGAAGCGGCAGACGAGUCCAAGCCAAAGCCAAAGUUUAUGACCAAUAUUGCUGCCCCGAAGAUCCCCGAUGGUGAUAAAGUGGACUUUGACGACAUCCACAGGAAGCGUCAGGAGAAGGAUCUGUCUGAGCUGCAGUCUCUGAUCGAGGCUCACUUCAUCCAGAGGAAGAAGGAGGAGGAGGAGCUCAUCGCCCUCGUUAACAGAAUUGAGAAACGUCGCGCUGAGAGAGCGGAGCAGCAAAGGGUCCGAGCAGAGAGAGAGAAGGAGAGGCAGGCCAGACAGGCGGAGGAGAAGGAGCGGAGGGAGCUGGAGGAUCAGCAGAAGAAGAUGAAUGAGGACAUGAAGAAGAAGAAGGCUCUCACCAACAUGACCCAGCAGUUCAGUGCUGGACAAAAGAGUGAGACAAAAAGAGGAGGCAAGAAACAAACUGAGAGGGAGAAGAAGAAGAAGAUUCUGGCUGACCGCAGGAAGCCUCUCACUGUUGAUCACCUAAAUGAGGACAAACUGAAGGAGAAGGCCAGCGAACUGUGGCAGUGGCUGAUGGGGCUGGAGGCUGAGAAGUUCGAUCUCAGCGAGAAACUUAAAAGACAGAAGUAUGAUAUUAACCAGCUUCUUGCCCGAGUUCAGGACCACCAGAGUGCCAAAGGUCGCGGCAAGGGCAAGAUGGGCGGCCGCCUAAGGUAAAGGAGCAGUCUGACAGGGACAAGCAAAGUUUCGACUCCAGUGAUUGGCCAACAACUCCACUAAGUGUGUGAAUUCAUAGUUCUGUUCUGUUGUGUUGGGUUACAUGUCAAUUAUCAUGAUAGCAAAACAAUAAAUAAGUUAUUACAAUCA